AUGUUGGGCCUCGCAAAGAGAAUUGGUGCGAGAUUCCUAAUCACGAGUACAAGUGAGGUGUAUGGUGAUCCUCUUGAGCAUCCACAAAAGGAGACAUAUUGGGGACAUGUAAAUCCCAUUGGGGAAAGGAGUUGCUAUGACGAAGGCAAGAGAACAGCUGAGACUUUAGCUAUGGACUAUCACCGUGGAGCAGGUGUCGAGGUACGUAUUGCUCGCAUUUUCAAUACGUAUGGGCCCCGCAUGUGUCUCGAUGAUGGGCGUGUUGUCAGCAACUUUGUCUCCCAGGCAAUUCGGAAACAACCGAUGACUGUCUAUGGUGAUGGGAAGCAAACCCGAAGCUUCCAAUACGUGUCCGAUUUGGUUGAUGGAUUAGUGGCGCUGAUGGAAGGUGAGCACGUGGGCCCAUUCAACUUGGGGAAUCCAGGAGAAUUCACGAUGCUGGAACUUGCCGAGGUUGUGAAGGAAACUAUUGAUCCCAGUGCAACAAUUGAGUUUCGACCAAAUACUGCUGAUGAUCCUCAUAAGAGGAAGCCAGAUAUCAGCAAAGCAAAAGAGUUCCUCAACUGGGAACCAAAGAUUUCUCUGCGCGAAGGUUUGCCUCGAAUGGUGGACGAUUUUCGAAACCGCAUCUUGAAUGAAGAUGAAGGAAAGGGGAACUAA